AUGGUGCAGGACGUAAAACUCCAUUCAUUUCAUUUCAUUUUACACGAAAUCAAAGAGAAAUGUAGACCACUAGCUGAACGUGGGGUGUUGGUUGAAAGAGAUAUUUCAAGUAGAUUAGAUAUUCUUGUCACGCCAAUUAUACAAGAAGCAAAGCUGGUGAACAGAAAUAGAAAAUAUAGUUAUAAUGGCUUUAGGUGUGGAGGUUUAUGUACGAUGUUAUAUGGUUGUCCAGAAGUGACAAACUGGUCAGUUUUAGAAGGCGAUGUUGACAUGAAAGCAAAUAAAGAUCAAUAUUUUGCUGUCCAGUUUAAAUACAGCGAUGAUCCACGAGGCUUAGUCAAUAUGAUAGAAGAAUGGAAUGUCAAAUGGAGUGGUCGCACUCCAGAUCCAAACUUGCCAGAGCCACUUCUUCGUGAAAAUGUAGUCUUGAUAGGUCCAAAUGAUGUUGGUGAAGUUACUAAUGGUAAUCUGGGUGAAAGAAUUGUUCACCAAUUUGAGCAACAUGAGCAAGUAAGAUGCACACCUGAUGAUGUCAGUAAAAUGAAACAAUUUCUUGAACAUAAACGUGCUAAAGAAGAGUUCACUUGGAAAGUCAUCAAAUCUACUACCAUAACAACAGCAAAAGGUGUAAAAUUUGGACUUGGAUUAAGCAGUUUUAAUCUGGCUGCCCAAUAUGUAGUAGCUAAUGGAUUUGCUUACGCUGGUCCUGGUGCAACUGUGGUUAAAGCCGCUGGUCCUGUAGUGAUGGUUGGGAUAUUUCUGAAGCAGUCUUAUGAUGUCGUAUCAGCUUGGAAAAAUGGAGACUUGACAACCACUGAAGCUGCCGGAUCGUUGAUGGGAGGUCCAGCAGGUCUAUUUGUUGGAGUUGGAUUAGCCAUCGCUAUUGGUGUUGGAGAUCAUUUCCGUGGAGAUAAAUUAUGGAGUUUGUGUUUUAAGGAAGACGAAGAAGAACAGGCUGCUUUGAUUAUUAAAAAGAUCAAAGAAAAUUAG